UUAUUAUUAGGCGAGGCGAAUUAAUAGAUUUGCCUUGUUAUUGAGUUAAAUUUUCUAUUUGCUUUAUUUAAUAAAAAUUCUCUUAGUUUUGAAAACGCAAUUGAAUAGUUAAAAUGGGGAAUAAAUCAUCACUGUUGCUUCGCCCAGAGGAGAUUGGGCAAAUUCAAGAAGAAACGGGAUUUACGCCCAAUCAAAUAGAGCGUCUCUAUUCGCGUUUCACCUCUCUGGACCGUGGUGACUGCGGAACAUUGUCUCGUGAGGAUUUUCUGCGCAUUCCUGAAUUAGCGAUCAAUCCGCUCUGCGAACGCAUUGUGCAUGCCUUCUUUGAAGAUAGUACCGAUGAUCGUGUGAAUUUCCGCCAGUUCAUGAAUGUGCUUGCACAUUUUCGGCCAAUAAAUUCGAAAAAGGAAAACGGUUUGAAUAGCCGUGAAGAGAAACUAAAGUUUGCAUUUAAAAUGUAUGACUUGGAUGACGACGGUGUUAUAAGCCGCGAUGAACUAUUGAGCAUUUUGCAUAUGAUGGUUGGAGCAAAUAUCAGCCAAGACCAGCUAAUAAGCAUAGCUGAACGCACUAUUCUGGAGGCAGAUUUGUGUUGUCAAGGCAAAAUUUCAUUUGAGGACUUCUGUAAAGCAUUAGAACGUACUGAUGUGGAACAAAAAAUGUCGAUUCGUUUUCUCAAUUAAAUUAGCUCACGUUUAAUUUAUAUAUUAUAUAUACAUUCUUGUGGAUAUAUACGAAAAUAGUGGGAAAGUGGCCUAAACUUAUUAUUCGCUCUCUAUAAUAGCUGUUUUAGUAUAGUAAAUUGCAUUUAACUCAAAUUAGUUUAUUGUAGUUUUCAAUUUGUUGGGUAUUUGUAAAUUAGCAGCUUAGACGCUCCUGAUCAAUAAUAAUAGAAUAAAAAUGUCAAAAUUUUAAUGGGUUCAAAUCACGAUGUACAGAAUACUAGAGGUGGCGCUUUCCGAAAACCGUUACUUUAUUUUUCGCGAUUUUGACAACUUGUAGAUGUAAACAAAUUAAACAAAAUGAAGGGAUUUGGUAAUAUUGUGCUGUUAGAUUUGUGAAUUUUAAAGUGAACAAACUAAUAAAAAUUAAGUGCUAUGUGUUUAGGCACGAAUUAUAUAACCUUCAAA